UCCUGGAGGACCAAACAAAAUCUGCGCUUUGUGGGCCAACAUAUGCCGUGGAAUUCUGAAAUUGUUUAAUGAGUAUUACCGGUCAAGAUUGAACAACCGCGAGGAAGUUGCAGUUCUAAGCAGGGUCGGUAAACUGCACCAGGGACACGGUGCUUCAUUACCAAGAUUUUGAGGUACUCUGCAAAUUUACAAAGGCUUUUGAGUAGAAGAAAGAUGAGCCACCAUCACAAUCACCACCACCACAGCCACCAUCAUCACCACCACCAUGGCCACCAAGAAGGUGGCUACCCAUUUGCGGCACUGCCACCGCCAGCAGGGGCUUAUCUUCCAGCACCGGGGGCUUAUUUCCCAGCGCCUUACUCUUCCCUACAUGCAGAGGAAGAGGCAAAGAAGCACAAGCAUCGUGAGCAUAUGGCCGAGAUGGGAGCUCUGGCUGCAGGGGCUUUUGCCUUGCACGAAAGGCAUGAGGCGAAAGUGGAUCCACAACACGCAGGGAGACAUAAAAUGGAAGCACAAAUAGCUGGGGCCGUGGCCGUUGGGGCAGCGGGGUAUGCUGUGCAUGAACACCAUGAGGCCAACAAGUAUAAACCACAUCAUAAACACCAUGCCCAUCACCACCUCGGCCGCCAUCAUCAUUGAAUUCAACGAAAGCAAGCGUAUUGUUAAUAAAAUUCUUCAUGUAAUUGGUGUGUAAAAAUUGAAUACUUUUUAUCAACUUCUUGUUCAUGAGGAGCUUGGAUUGUUGUUAAUCGACUCUAUUUAAUGUAUCUGUGCUUUGUUUGAACAAUUCAAAAGCUAUAUCAUUGCUGUAAAUUUGGAUAGAUCAUUCUUAGGUGGAGGCAUAUAGGCCUCUCACUUGUGGGUCAUUUAAAUAUGGUGAUGUGUAAGUUAAAAAGACGAAGCACUUAUGAAUGAAGCUCUUUGUUCGU